AAAAAUGAAUUCAUUUGUAAACAAAAAUGUUUUUCAUUUAACCGUAAAUUGAAUGCAAUUUUAGUAACAAUUGAUUGAUUUGUCGGACAAUUAAUUGCUUCGGAAGUGCUUUGAGAUGUCGUUCACACGUCUGUUGUGUUCAACGAAACUCAUAAAUGGCUUGAAUUGCGGACUCAAUGGGAGAUCAGUGUUGAUGAGAGCGGAACCGUUGGUGAAGACAUCGCGGGCGACACUGAUAGGCGUGGAUCAGAUGGAUCCGGAAGUGAUGGCCAAUAAGCCGAAGCCGUGGCCCUAUAAGACUAAACGGCAUUAUAUGUAUUGGCAUUACAUCUUAGACCUGGACGUGACGGCCGCCCGAAUGGACUGCAACUCCAAGAUUGUGGUCAUCGAAGGCAAUAAGGCGUCGGGAAAGGAAGUGGUGGCCAAAGAGUUGGCCAAACACUUUGGGAUGCAUUAUAUGCCAGAACCAGAUCUCGAGGACAUGUAUAUCAAUCACAAUGGCUUUGACUACCGAUCGCUCAACAAAUAUCUCAGUCCUAUUGUUCAGGCGGUGGACGAGAAGAUGUAUUACGAAGACCCGCACCAUAAGGGCGUCCAUUGGAUGAAAAUGUUCUUCUAUAGGAAGCGCUUCGAGCAAUACAUCGAAGCGUUGGCCCAUUUCUACAACACUGGACAGGGAGUCAUCUUAGAGAGAAGUCCUUACAGCGACUUUGUCUUCACUGAAGCCAUGAAUAAAUGCGGAUAUUUUACCGAUAAUGCGACGGACUAUUACUAUCGCGUCCGUCACAGGACUAUAUUUAAGCUCCAAAGACCUCAUCUCGUCAUCUAUUUGGACGUCAGUCCCGAAGAGUGUCUCCGAAGAAUCAAAGAGAGAAAUAUUCCACACGAAGUGAACUCAAAAGUGUUGACAAAAGAGUAUUUGCAAAUAAUCGGCGAUCAAUACAAGAAGAGGUUUUUGCCGGAGAUCGCGAAGCACUCGGAAGUAAUGAUUUACGACUGGAACCAAUUGGGAGACAUGGAGGACAUGAUCGACGACAUCGAGAAAGUGAAUUUAGAGGACUGGGAUCCGCACUUCGAGAAGUUUGAGGACUGGAACCUAUGGGAAGAGGACUUAUGGGAAAUACAACGGCACAGGUUUACCAAUAAAAAGGACGAAUUGGUGGCUAAUAUAUCUACGGUUCCCGUCUAUGAUGUUGACGACCUCUGCAUCGAUCAGGAAAGUGCCGAACAUCGCGAUAAAAUCUACGAAGCGAUGGUGCCCAACUAUGAGAUCCUUCCGAGUUAUGAUCCGGCGAACACAUCGCUAAUGACUCGACUCUUCAGAUGGAAACUUCCUUAUAGGGAAUGGUCUGAGUUUAAUCUUAGACACCCUUUCUAUUGAUUUGCAACUUAGAGUUAUUCCGCGUUUGGUUUAGUUUCAAAAUCGAUAAUUUAAUGUAAAAAUUGAUAAUUUAGUUGUUUAUGAAUUUAACGAAUAAAUAUUGUUAACUAUAAAA